AUGGAUUUAUUGGACGACCCGAAUAAGGACUACUUCGCUGAGCGAGUUGAGAAGAAGAAGGAGCGAGUAGCGAAAAAUGAGACACAACGUUUGAAAAAUCUCGCUCGUCAGAUGGGUUCGAAAAUGAGAAAAGGACCAUCGAUUGACGCUAGUAUAGGUAUUGGUGUUGCACCGGAAGAGAAAUCCAAAGAGCAGCUUCGUUUUGCCGUUGAUCGCGCUAAGACAGCUACUGCAUCUGCUGGAAAAUUUCAACGUCUUGCUAAAGGAGAGAAGGAGAAUGUUAAAACUGGAAAGAAGCGGAAGUUCCUGCCAAAUGAAGCGGGUGGUGAGAAACAGCACGCACUGGAAAUUUGGGAGAAACUCAAGAAUAAAAAGGCAAAAAUUGUUGAGGAGAAGGCAGCUGCCGUUGCUGGACCAUCGAAACAGUGA